AUGUCCGACAUGGAAGAGGAAUACGAGUAUGAGGAGGAGUCCAACAUCACGGCCGAGGACUGCUGGACGGUCAUCUCGUCCUUCUUCGAUGCCAAAGGUUUGGUCUCGCAACAGAUCGAUUCCUUCGACGAAUUUGUCAGCACGACUAUGCAGGAGUUAAUCGACGAAGAUAACCAACUCGUUCUCGACCAUAAUACCCCGAGUAACGAUGAAGGUAUUGCUCUUCGUCGCUUCGAGAUCAAAUUUGGGAAUGUCCUGUUAUCGCGGCCGACCUUCACUGAAGGAGACGGAUCUACCCAAGUCAUGCAACCUCAGGAAGCUCGGUUACGAAAUUUGACAUAUGCGUCGCCGCUGUAUCUUCAAAUGUCACAGAAGGUCAUGGUUGCACGUGAGAAGUCGAUGGCUGAGAAGGAAGAGGAUGAAGAUGAGGAUAUGGAUGAUGCGGAAGAAGGUGAGAAGAAAGAGAAGCAGGAUUUCCAUUGGCAAGUCAUCGGUGACACAACUGAGGAAGUUGGUGACGAUGAUGACGACAUCGAUACUUCGAAUCAUACCAGGGUGUUCAUCGGCAAGAUUCCAAUCAUGUUGAAAUCGCAAUAUUGCGUGUUGAAGGAGUUCAAUGAAGAUGGUCUUUACGGUCUCAAUGAAUGUCCUUAUGAUCAAGGAGGUUACUUUGUCAUUAACGGCUCCGAGAAAGUCCUGAUCGCUCAGGAGCGAAGUGCUGCCAACAUUGUCCAGUGCUUCAAGAAAGCGGCUCCAUCACCUAUCAGCUACAUUGCUGAAAUCCGAAGUGCUUUGGAGAAGGGAUCUCGAUUAAUCAGCAGUUUAACGAUCAAGCUGAUGGCCAAGGGCGAAGGAAGAACAGGGUUUGGGAGAACUAUAAGGUCGACGCUCCCAUACAUCAAGACUGAUGUUCCCAUUGCCGUGGUCUUCCGUGCCCUUGGUGUCGUCUCUGAUGAGGAUAUUCUCAAUCGAGUUUGUUAUGAUCGAAACGAUACUGCUAUGUUGGAGAUGUUGAAACCCUGUAUCGAAGAAGCUUUCGUUAUUCAGGACCGGGAAGUGGCUCUUGAUUUCAUCGGCAAGCGUGGAUCCGCUCAAGGCAUAAAUCGUGACAAGCGUAUCAAGUAUGCGAAAGAAAUCAUGCAGAAGGAACUUCUACCCCAUAUUUCCCAAGCCGAAGGGCACGAAACGAGAAAGGCAUUCUUCCUGGGUUACAUGGUUCACAAGAUGUUGCAGUGCGCCUUGGAAAGAAGAGAAACCGACGAUCGAGAUCAUUUUGGAAGGAAACGUCUCGAUCUCGCGGGUCCACUUCUUGCGAACCUGUUCCGCAUGCUUUUCAAAAAGCUUGUGAAGGAUGUUUUCAAAUAUUUGCAGAAGUGUGUCGAGAGCGGACGAGAUUUCAACGUUACUUUGGCGAUAAAAUCAAACACAAUAACAAACGGCCUGAAAUACUCGUUGGCUACAGGUAACUGGGGUGACCAGAAGAAGCCGGCUUCUGCAAAGGCCGGUGUCUCUCAGGUGCUGAAUAGAUAUACCUUCGCCUCGACACUCUCCCAUUUGCGCAGGACAAACACACCUAUUGGACGAGACGGGAAAAUAGCAAAGCCCCGUCAACUUCACAAUACUCACUGGGGUUUGGUGUGUCCUGCCGAGACACCCGAAGGUCAAGCCUGUGGUUUGGUCAAAAACUUGUCUCUCAUGUCAUACAUCACUGUCGGAUCUCCUACGGAACCUAUCCAAGCGUUUAUGGAACAGCGGAAUUUGGAGCCGUUGGAAACCUUCGAACCAGGCAGAUCACCCAACGUCACCAAGGUUUUCAUCAAUGGAUCUUGGGUCGGUGUUCACCGUGAUGCUGCAUCUCUCUACCGAACAGUUCUUAGUUUGCGCCGAACCAACGUUAUAAGUCACGAGGUCAGCGUUAUUCGUGAUAUACGUGAUCGAGAGUUUAAGAUUUUCAGCGAUGCUGGACGUGUGACUCGCCCGCUCUAUGUUAUUGACAAUGAUCCGGGUAGUCUACGUAAGGGCGAGCUGGUUCUACAGAAGUACCACAUCGAGAAGCUCGAAAAUGCGAAAUUCCAGACUGCUGAAGAUCUUGCGCCCGGGGAGGAGAAGUAUGGUUGGAAUGGGCUUUUGAACGAUGGUUGUGUUGAAUAUGUGGAUGCCGAAGAAGAGGAAACAAUCAUGAUUUCGAUGAGUCCUGAAGAUCUUGAGAUUUCUCGUCAGGUCCAAGCAGGCUACGAGAUCCCAGUUGAUGACAGCGGUGAUAUGGCGAAGAGGGUCAAGGCGAAAGUCAACCCUUACGCCCACACGUGGACUCAUUGUGAAAUCCAUCCAAGUAUGAUUUUGGGUAUAUGCGCCAGCAUUAUUCCCUUCCCAGAUCAUAACCAGUCCCCUCGUAACACCUACCAAUCGGCUAUGGGUAAGCAAGCUAUGGGUAUCUUCCUGACCAACUUCAACGAAAGAAUGGACACCAUGGCGAAUAUUUUAUACUACCCACAGAAGCCACUUGCCACCACCCGAUCUAUGGAAUUUCUAAAAUUCCGAGAGCUUCCAGCUGGCCAAAACGCUAUCGUGGGUAUUAUGUGUUACAGUGGAUAUAACCAAGAAGACUCCGUGAUUAUGAACCAGAGUAGUAUCGAUCGUGGACUCUUUCGAAGUUUGUUCUACAGAGCAUAUAUGGACUCCGAGAAGCGAAUUGGCAUGACAACUAUUGAAGAGUUCGAGAAGCCGAUGAGAAACAAUACUCUUCGACUGAAACAUGGAACGUAUGACAAGCUCGACGAUGAUGGCCUUGUUGCCCCCGGGGUUAGAGUAUCCGGUGAGGACAUCAUUAUUGGGAAAACGGCGCCCAUCCCGGCGGAUACAGAAGAGUUGGGGCAGCGAACGAAGAACCACACGAAACGCGAUGUUUCCACACCUCUUCGUAGCACUGAAAAUGGUAUAGUAGACCAAGUUAUGCUUACUACCAAUGCCGAGGGCAUGCGAUUCGUAAAAGUCCGUAUGAGGACCACGAAAGUUCCGCAGAUCGGCGACAAGUUUGCUUCCAGGCACGGACAGAAGGGGACAAUCGGUAUCACAUACCGGCAUGAGGACAUGCCGUUUACUGCUGAGGGUAUCGUUCCGGAUCUCAUCAUUAAUCCGCACGCUAUUCCUUCUCGUAUGACAAUUGCACAUUUAAUUGAGUGUCAAUUAAGUAAAGUUUCGUCUCUGAGAGGGUUCGAAGGUGAUGCGACGCCGUUUACCGAAGUUACGGUCGAGAACGUGUCGAGAUUGUUACGAGAGCAUGGGUACCAAUCUCGAGGAUUUGAGGUUAUGUAUAAUGGCCAUACGGGGAAAAAAUUGGUCUGUCAAGUUUUCUUGGGGCCGACAUACUAUCAGCGAUUGAGGCAUAUGGUGGAUGAUAAGAUUCACGCGAGGGCGAGAGGACCGGUUCAGAUUCUGACGAGACAGCCAGUGGAGGGUCGUGCUAGGGAUGGUGGAUUGCGUUUCGGAGAGAUGGAGCGCGAUUGUAUGAUUUCUCACGGUGCAAGUGCUUUCUUGAAGGAACGUCUAUUCGAGGUUUCGGAUGCAUUCAGAGUCCACGUUUGCGACAUUUGUGGUCUUAUGACACCGAUUGCCAAUUUGAAGAAGAACCUAUUCGAAUGUCGUCCAUGCCGCAACAAGACGAAGAUUUCACAGAUCCACCUUCCGUAUGCUGCCAAAUUACUAUUCCAGGAACUAACGGCCAUGAACAUUGCUGCAAGAAUGUACAGCAAGAGGUCUGGUGUCACAAUUAGAUAG